AUGUCUUUCAAUCUGCGAUCUUCGGAUACUGAAUGUCCAAUUUUUGGGACACCACAACCGUUAUCGGUUGUAAUGCUGCCUACCUACGAGGAUAUCAUGAAACAUUUUUUAUUUAUCACUAAUGAGAUGAAAAAAACAUGCAAGAAGAGCCCUUCAAUGAAGUUGAUCCGCGGAAAAAUUGUUAAAAACGUAGUUGAAAUAUGGGCUAAAGCUUCGAUUCCUACUGUGUCCGUUCAACGUGUUGAAUCGAUGUUUUCGACGUUUUACGAAAAGUAUAAAAAUGCUAAGAAAAGUUUCGGAUCUAAAGCUCAUACAACUGAGAACAAUAAGGAUAAAAGUAAAACAGCGUUGCUUGAAAUGGCGCAACAGUUAUUUGAUAUAGCUGCAUGUAAGUGCCCUGAACCGAAAUUUUGCAAGUGUCCGACUUUUAAGAAGAUUCCGUUUCUCGAAUUAAAAUUUAUGGAAGAUCAGCGAACCGUUCGUAAAAUGGGAGUCGGAGGAGUUGAUCAAAAAGAAACAAAAAAUAUGAGAGACAAAGAGGAGCGGAAAAUUAAACGGAUCGCUCGGUCAAAAAGUCUACAAACUAUUAAAAAUAUUCAAGGUGAAUCUACAUCAUUUUUUUCUCCUGAAUCGGAAUCAGGUCAAGACUCAGAUAGUGAAACGGACGAAUGGUGUCCCCAAAAACGCUCAUUAUCAUUGGAAUCGAGUUACUAUAAUUGCAAAAAACUUAAAAACGCAUCUGUAGCAGCUGAUCGUUUUGUAGUGUCCAGCGGCUCGGCAGCAGCAAUUAUAUCUGGAGCUCUGCAGGAUUAUAAGCUGGUCACUGGCAGUGAUUCCAGUUUGCUUGUUGAUAAAAGUAAACUUAAUAGACAGAGGUCAAAGAUAAGAACUGAAAAACGAGAAGAAGCGUCAAUAUCACUCCAGACUAACACAGUGACAGCAAUAUAUUUUGAUGGGAAAAAGGAUGAGACUAAAACCGUUGAUAAAACCGGAAAUAAGAGUCGCACAAUCAGUAAAAUUGAAGAGCACAUAUCUGUGUUAUCCCAACCAAACGACGAAUAUUUAACGCAUUUAACGCCGGCUGGUGGAACAGGGGAACAAAUCGCAAGUGUUUUAUUUGAAUAUUUGCAGAACCUACCUGCAUUGGAUUUGCGCGCUGUUGGAUGUGACGGAACCAACGUCAACACAGGUUGGAAGGCAGGAGCAAUCGCAUUACUAGAGAAAAAAUUAGGAUAUCCAGUGCAAAGGUUCAUUUGCUUGCUUCAUGGCAAUGAACUUCCCCUUCGACAUAUGUUUCAAAAUAUUGAUGGAUCAACGACUGGGCCAACAUCUUUCAGCGGCCCCAUCGGAAAAUCGCUUGUGCGCUGCUUAAGUCUUCAGGUAGUACAAUUUAAAAAAAUCGAUGUGGAAAUUCCAAAUUUUGAUUCGAAACUUUUGAGCACAGAUCAAAAGUACUUAAUUGAUAUUGCCCACGCAAUCAAGUCUGGUCUUUGCCCAGACAAUUUGGCAUCGAGGGAUCCUGGACCGCUAAACCAUUCGCGCUGGGUGACAACGGGUAACAGACUAAUGAGAGUUUAUAUUGGAACAAUGAAUCCAUCUGUUGAGUUAGUUACCUUAGUAGAGUUUGUCAUGAAAGUAUAUGUACCGAUGUGGUUUACCAUUAGAAAAGAGCCCUCGUGUACUAAUGGAAGCAGACACAUGAUGAAGCAAAUAACACUCUCGUCGUACUUACCAACAAAAUACAAGGUCAUCGUUCAACAAGUAAUACAGCAAAAUGCUUACUUUCUGCAUCCAGAAAAUGUUUUAAUUUGUAUGGUAACUGAUAACGAUCCUGAGAUCCGAAAACGGGGAUUGGAAUUAGUGUUAUUAAGCAGGGAGACCGCCAAAAAAGAAGGAAAAAUUCGUCCAUUCCGUGUUCCAAAAAUAAAUUUUGAAGCGACGCACUACUCGGACCUCAUAAGUUGGGAUGAAAUCGAUUUAACUACUCCACCUGCGAUGAACAACUUUUCUACAUCAGAACUUGCGGAUUAUUUCAAUCAGAAUGAAGUGCCUCAAUUGCCAAUUUUAGACUAUCCAUGCCAUACACAAAGCGUUGAGCGUAUUGUUCAAGAAGUUAGCAAAGCUUCUAAGAUGGUUUGCGGAUUUGAAGCACGCGAUGGCCUAAUUCUGAGUAAAAUAAGUCAUAGGAAGCUCAUGCCCAGUCUUCGCACUAAGGCAGAUUACAAGAUUUCUACGGAAGAAAAAUCCAUUGUGUAA